GGCGGUCAAAUGUAUAUCAGGGAUACAGUAGUGCUUGUGGUAUUUGUUUACACAACAACGGCUUUGCAGGAUACGUUCUUCAUUUUUUGUGCUUUGUGUCUAUAAAUUUCGUUGGAAAGGAUUUCAAAAUGCGAGAAUAUCACGCUGUAUUAAUACAGUUUCUGAUAAUCUCAACGUCCGCCUUAUACGAAGACAUGUUCAGCAACUUCGGAAAUCCGUAUGACAUUAAUUUAAAUUCCGUUUAUCAACGUCCACACGCAUUCAAUCAACCCAAUAAUCCGAUUUAUUCUACGGGAUUUGGCCAAGCACAACCUCAAUUUCAACCUAAUUUUCCGCAAUUUCAACAACAAUUUCAACCCCAAUUUCAAACAACGACUCCAGAUCCCGCCACUUUGGGGUGCGGAACCGCUCCGGCUUCUUGCCAACCAUCUAGAUAUCGCACUUUGGAUGGUUCUUGUAAUAACUUAAGAAACCCUGGGUUGGGAAUCCCACAAACGAGAUUUAACAGAUUGGUUCCUCCGAAUUAUGGAGAUGGAAUUAGUACCCCAACGAGAGCUCGAUCGGGAAAUGAACUUCCCCCCGCAAGAUCUUUAAGUUUAAUUUUAUACCCGGAUGUUCCAGUUGAAGAUCCUAAAUUUACAGUUGCAGCUAUGCAAUAUGGACAAAUUAUUACUCACGAUAUGAGUAUGAUUGCUGGAAGCACACAAGCGCAACCACAUGAUACAAAGUGUUGUUCACCAACGGGGCAAUUAUUAGAGUUAGCGAACUCCCCAGAACAUUGUUUUCCAUUAACGAUAGCAAGAGAUGACCCAAUUAAUCAAAAUACGUUACAACCUCAAAAUUGUAUGAGUUUUGUUAGAACGAUAACAGAUCGUGAUAGAAAUUGCGUUGGAGGUAGCCAACCAGCGGAACAAAUCUCCGCCGUAAAUCAUUUCUUAGAUUUAUCCGUCGUUUAUGGAAAUACAGACCAAGUUAGCGCGCAAGUCCGAUUGUUCCAAGGUGGUAGAUUAACCGGGGAAUUCCGUAACGGGCAAGAAUGGUUACCAAGAAAUAACAACGCAUCCGGCGUUUGCGAUUUACGUCUAAACCCUCAAGAAGCGUGUUACGCAGCCGGGGAUGUCCGAGUUAAUCAAAAUCCUCAAUUAACCAUUCUUCAAAUUAUAUUGUUUAGGGAACAUAAUCGUUUAGCCGAUUCGUUAUCUAAAAUUAAUCCACACUGGGAUGAUGAAACUUUGUAUCAAGAAGCGAGAAAAAUUAAUAUAGCCCAGCAUCAAUUUAUUUCUUAUUACGAAUGGUUACCGAUUUUUAUUGGCGUUGGAAAUUCGUUAAAAAAUAGAAUCAUUUGGGACACCAAAGAUUUCGUUAACGAUUACGACGAAAACGUUGAUCCAACCGUUAUUAACGAACACGCCACCGCUGCUUUUAGAUUUUUCCAUUCGUUAAUAGCCGGGCAUUUAGAUCUCGUCGGAGAAUAUAGAAAUAACAUGGGUAACAUUCGUAUGAGUGACUGGUUUAAUCGCCCAGCUGUUCUCGAACAAGGCACAAAUUUCGACGAUUUAACUCGCGGAAUGGCUUCGCAACCUGAAUUAAAAUCCGAUCGAUUCCACGAUAGCGAAAUAACACAAUUUUUAUUUAGAAUGGGACAAUUUUACGGUCAAGAUUUGAAGGCUAUUUGUAUACAAAGAAAUCGUGAUCAUGGUUUGGCUUCUUAUAAUGAUGUUAGACAGUUUUGUGGAUUGGGAAAAGCUUCUAGUUUUGAUGAUUUACUUGAUGUUAUGACUAAAGAUAACGUAAAUAGUUUGGCCAAUCUUUAUGAAUCAGUUGACGAUAUCGAUUUAACAGUCGGUGGAUCUUUAGAAAUUUUGGUACCCGGCACCUUAUCAGGACCAACAUUUUUAUGUAUUUUAACCGAACAAUUCUACAGAACGCGAGCUGGGGAUCGAUUUUGGUUCGAAAAUUCCGGCCCAACAGGAUUUAAUUUAGAUCAACUCAACGAAAUUAGAAAAACGAGCUUAGCAAGACUUUUCUGCGACAACGCAAACGUGAGAAGCAUGCAACCAAGAGGGUUUAUUAAAAUUUCCGAUUCAAACCCCGUCGUUUCUUGCGAACAAAUACCAUCGGUUAAUUUGAAUUUGUGGAGGGAUUCUUCAAAUUCAGGGUCUCAAUUUACAUUAGAAAACCCACACGACUUUUAUUAUACGAAAUAAAGAUUAAUUUAAUUAUGUAAAUAUUAAAUAACGUUAAGUAGGUAGAAUAAUAAAAUAGGUUUUUAAGGAU